CAGACGCUGCUCUACCACAAGCCGAAAGGCCUAGUCGUCACUCACUCGGACGAGCUCGGCCGGGAGACUGUCUACUCGCGGCUGAUGUCCGACGCGGCUCUGCCGGCGGCGCUGCGGCAGCAGGGCGCGCUGCACGCCGUCGGGCGGCUCGACCAGAAUACAUCCGGGCUGCUCCUGCUGACGACGGACGGCCGCCUGCUGCACCACGUCACCAACCCGACCGCGCACUCGCGGGCGGCCGCGGGCAGCUACGCGGAGGGCGGCGGCGCCGUGAGCAAGACGUACGUCGCUAGAGUGGCGCGGCUCAACGCGUCUGCAGUCGAACGGCUGCGGCGCGGCGGCGUGGGCCUCGGCGGGGGGCUCGGGGAGAGCGGGCCGGCCGAGGUGGAGCUGCUCGAGGAGCGAGGCGCGAGCUGCACGCUGCGGCUCACGCUGCGCGAAGGGAAGAACCGGCAGGUGCGGCGGAUGCUGCACGGCGUCGGCUCGUCGGUGAUCGAGCUGCGGCGGACGCACGUGGGACGCCUCUGCCUCGGAGAGCUCCCCGCGGAGGGGGAGGUGGAGGAGGAGGAG